UUAUAGGCAAGGAGAAAAAUAAAGCCCCACCUCAGACAAACCCUAGCUCAGCCUCUUGUUAUGUGGCAGUAUUCAAAACCUUCCUCCGCAAUCAUUCUUGGACUAAUGAACCAUGGCAACGAAUUCCCCCAACAUGACAACUCUGGACUACUCUGAUUAUAUCUACCUUGACUAUUAUGGCUUAUUCAACGUAACUGCCUGUGACAAUAACAGCAUACGUACUUUCAGCCAAGUCUUCCUCCCUACACUCUACAGCAUUGUCUUCAUUGUGGGAUUCAUCGGCAAUGGCCUGGUGUUGUGUGUUCUGGUCAAGUACCACAAAAUUAUGUCAGAUGUGUGCCUCUUCAACCUGGCCCUUUCAGACCUCCUCUUCCUUCUCUCAUUGCCUUUCUGGGCUCACUAUGCCGCCAACAAACGGUGGAUCUUUGGGAGCUUCAUGUGCCAUGCAGUGACAGCUCUCUACAUGCUGGGAUUCUAUGGAAGUAUCUUCUUCAUGAUAGUCAUGACCAUAGACCGCUAUGCUGUCAUUGUCCACACCUAUACCUCUCUCUUCUCCAAGCACCGGUCUGUCAGAGCUAGCAUAACACUGAUUUCGUUUAUGUGGGCGCUUAGUCUGGGAGCCUCUUUGCCAACCAUCAUUUUCUCACAAGUGAAGUCAGAUGGAUGGACAUGCAGUUUGGAAUAUCCAGAAGGAACUGCAUGGAGGUCAUUCAUUUACAUCGAACUAAACCUCCUCAGCCUGAUCAUUCCUCUCUCAGUGAUGGUGUUCUGCUACUCACGUAUCAUCCCCAUAUUAAUGUCCAUGAAGUCUCAGAAGAAACACAAGGUCAGGCUCAUGCUGGUCUUGAUCAGCAUUUUCUUCAUUUUCUGGACACCUUACAACAUCGUCAUCUUCCUAAGGUUCCUGCAUCAACUGGGUUAUAUGAACACCUGUCAGUGGAAUCAGGACCUGAACAUGGCUAUGCAGUGGGUGGAAACCAUAGCGUUCACUCACUGCUGCAUCAACCCCAUCAUCUAUGCCUUUGUGGGGCAGAGAUUCAGGAAUUUAUUUCUAAAGAUUCUGAAAGAGUGGUUUCCUUGUUGCUUUGGCUGGAACACACCAAUCGAAAGUGAGUUGACAGAGAUGGAAGGCUCUUUGUACUCACACUCCUCAGUUAUUUCCAGCACAGAGACUGUUCAGCCAUAA